UCCCGAAAAAAGUGUCUUGUGUCUGAAGGUCCACAGAAAAACAAUCACGUGCCAGAGGAGUGUAGAAAUAUGGCAGAUGAGGAUGAGAUUGGUCUUCAGAAGUGUAAGGAGCAUAUCCAGAUCAAGCCAAAUGCAUCUGGUACGAUAAGAACACCAGAGAGGCCACCCUGUCCUAAAAAGACACCAAGGAUGAGAAAACCUAUCAAGUCUGAAAUUCUGAGGUUUGGGAAAGUGGAGAGGAGACUGGAUGUCAAACAAGAGGGCAGUUGUAUGGGUGAUGAACGUCUCUGCAAGGAGAAGAGGCUAUCGCAUAUUAGCACAGAUGGAUACAGUAAGAAGAAUGCAUCAGAGAGAUGUCCACAGGAUCCUGGAGAGGUCAAUCGCAGUGUCCCACAGGAUGAUGAGGCUCUAAACCUGGCUUCUUAUAAAAAGAAUAUUCUGCAGUCAAAGUUGAAAAACAGCGCUUUCCAUCCAGAUGGAUCCAGUAGCAGAAGUAGACCUGAUUCUGAUGGUUCAGAAGAUUACAGAACCACGCAAGACUACCAGGCAGAUUGCUUAGAUGUUGGGACAGAUGAUGCUACAUCCCAGAGCGACAGCGAGGAAGAGAUGUACCUGACAGCUGACCAGAGGGUUAAAGAGGAAGAUGCCAACGAAGGCGACUACAACACAGGUUAUGAAAUCAGUUAUGACUACAGUGAAAAUCUGUAUCUCUCGGCCACAACGUCCAGCGCUGCAAACCUCAAACCAGAUUGUGACAAGAUCCCUGGGGCUUACGAUCCGACUGUUGUGGAGGAAAAACAAUUUAUAUGUACAGAGUGUGGGAAAAGUUUUAGCCUUUAUUCUUACCUCACCAAGCAUCAGAGGUCUCAUUCAGGGGAGAAGCCAUUUUCUUGCAAUGAAUGUGGCAAAUGUUUUACCUAUAAGCCAAGCCUCAUCAGUCAUCAAAGGGUUCAUACCGGGGAAAAACCAUUCUCUUGCACUGAAUGUGGGAAACUGUUUUCCAGUAAAUUUAAUUUGAAAAUGCAUGAGAAAAUCCACACAGGAGAUAAGCCAGUUGUCUGCCCAGCCUGCGGGAAGUGUUUUAGCAAUAAUCCAGCUCUUGUGAAGCAUUUGAGAAUUCACACGGGGGAAAAACCAUUCUCCUGUCCAGAGUGUGGCAAGUUUUUCUCGAGCAAGUCUGGUCUUAAUGCCCACCUCAUAAUCCACACGGGUGAGAAACCAUACAUGUGUUCAGAAUGUGGAAAAUCCUUUGCCAACCAUUCCAAUCUUAUUUCACAUCGGAUAAUCCACACAGGAGAGAAGCCGUAUGUAUGCCCCGAGUGUGGCAAAGGUUUUGCCAACCAGUCCAACCUUGCGAAACACAAAGUGAUUCACACCGAGGAAAAACCAUUUCUGUGUAUGGAGUGCGGAAAGUUUUUUACCCGGAAGGGGAGUCUUGAUAAACAUCGAAUGAGGAUCCAUGAAAAGAUGAAAUUAGUAUAAUUCAAAUUCUAACUGACUAAAAUUUAGUUCCAACAGGAACACAAAACCCCCACUUGUGUUUUGUCUAGCUUUUCAGGAGUUCCACCACAAUCAAACAAACCAAGUAUGAUGGACAGUUAUGAAAAUAUUCACCCCAUAUUCUUAUCAAUAGGGGACAGUAUGCCAGGACAACCACUGAAGGGCCUUAGCAAAUAACUAUUUUGCAAAUUAAAAAUGCGUUUAGAGCAACUGCCAUUAAGUACAUUAAAUGAAUUACUCUUCCGGAGCAACAAAGAACAGAAGAGAAAACUCCUACUGGUGUAAAGAAGGCUAAACUUUGGUGCUUCAUCAAGAGAUUUCAUGGUAGUACUGUGCAAGAACAUGUGUAUUUUGGCAAUGGGUUUUGCUUCACUGAGCAUAUCAGUUGUGGAUGGAAUUAUAUCUAAAGGGUGACAACCCCAUUUGUUCAAGAAAAAAGACUGGGAGGAAGUCAGAAGCCCACCCUAUUACCAAUUAAUAAUAGACUGAUGAACAAUGCAGGCUUGAUGAAAGGAUAUCUUCCUUCACGUGUCCCAAACUCUACUAGUCUCCAUUCCUAUCAAUGGGUUACUUUUUAAGAACACAAAUAGUGCUUUUUUUGAGUAAUCAUUGGUAAAAAGAAAACUACAUCAGAGAUAUUAUGAAGUUAGAAUUUUUUGUUAUUAAAUUUAAUUUGCCACAGGGCAUAUAAAUUGCAACAGGCCUUUUCUGGGAGAGAAACUAAGGCUACUUUCACACUAGCGGCAGGACGGAUCCGACAGGCUGUUCACCCUGUUGCUUCCGUUCUGCCGCUAUUUCGCCGGACUGCCGCUCUGUCCCCAUUGACUAUAAUGGGGGCGGAGCUCCAGGGGUGCACGGCUAAAGGCCGUCGGACUAAAAGUACUGCAUGUCCGACUUUUUCGCUGGACUGCCGCUCCGUCCCCUGCCGCUAUUUUCGCCGGACUGCCGCUCCGUCCCCAUUGACUAUAAUGGAGGCGGAGCUCCGGCGGUGC